AUGGGCGAAACCGUCGUGCUGAUCGAACACGGCCCGUACAAACGAUUCAACAUUAUUGAUCAUGGCUGCGAGCGUCUUGAAGGCAUCCAGCGGCUACUCAAAGAUGAAGGAGCAAAAGUUAUUCUUCGCCGUUCCAGCAACUUCGAUCAAUGCUCAAUCUCCCUCAAAGGGAAAAUAGUAUUUUCCUGUCCGAUCACAAGUCUUGAAUAUGGAGGCGAUGGCCAACUCGAUCCGAUCGCACAAAAUGCGUUUCAGAAAGUUAAAGCUGCAGUCUAA